AGAGAGGAAGAGCAGCGCCGUGUGGCUGCAUUUUCAAUUCGAAAACAAGACAACAGUGAAAUGUGGGAUUUGUAAAAAGCUAGUCAGGUAUAGUGUAAACACUGCCAAAGGGUAUAAACAUAUAAAACAUAAAUAAAAACAUCCAAAAGAAAACAUGGAGCUACAAAAAUGAGAGAGGAGGAGAGAAAUUCCCCACCCUCUGGCCCCGCUGCAAGACCCCAGUCCAGAGGCAGAGGUCAUUGGCAGAGGCCUUUCAGCAUGGCAGAGAAUAUCCAGGGAACUACAGUGCCUUUUUGAACAGUGCCUUGUCAAUUGCGAGUGUGCAUUAACAGCUGAAGGCGGAAUUUGUCCCUCAGUUGACCGCUGAGCUGGUUAAUCUGCCUUAUUAUGGCGGACAACAGAGAAGAUGACUGUGAAGACAGAAUCAAAGAGGGAGACUACGUCGUGUUGAAACGGGGAGAAAUCUUCAAAGCUGUGCAAAUCCAACAGAGAAAAAAGGUGAUCUUCGAGAAGCAGUGGUUCUUCUUAGAUAACGCCGUGGGACAGUUGUAUAGCACCACAUUUGAGAUCGUGUCCGGGGGCACCCUGCAACCUCAGAAACUCGAGGACGCGGAGAAACCCACUGAUUCAAAGGAGACAGGUACAGACAACAGAAACAUUGUGGAUGAUGGCAAAUCACAGAAACUGACCAGGGAUGACAUUGAGGUGCUCAAAGAACAAGGUCUGAAGGGGCAGGAAAUCAUCCAGCAGCUCAUAGAGCACAGCACCACAUUCCGAGACAAGACUGAGUAUUCCCAAGACAAGUACAUCAAGAAGAAGGAGAAGAAGUAUAAAAACACUGUGACGAUUGUGAGGCCUUCCUGUCGCAUCCUGGCGAUGAUGUACAAUGGCCGCGAACCAGGGAAAAUCUGCCACCUGCGGUACGACACACUCGCCCAGAUGCUGACUCUGGCAAACGUCCACGCUGGCAGCAAGGUGUUGGUGUUCGAGACGUGUGCUGGACUUGUACUGGGAUCCGUCAUGGAAAGAAUGGGAGGCUACGGCUCGGUGAUCCAAAUGUACCCAGGAGGCGGGCCUGUUCGGGCGGGCGUGGAGAGCUUUGGCUUUCCUUCGCAUUUUCACGAUAUGCUGCAUGAGUUUCCCAUCUGCCACGUCAACCCUCUGCUGGCAGGCACUUUGGACGCCACAGCCAAAGACUCCGAUGCUGAUCAAAAGAAGCUCAACGUGGCUGCAGAAGAGGAGCAAAACCAGCCUGGGGCGGAACAGCAGGGUAGUCCAGAGGAAGACAGCAUGGACACGAACGCUGGCGAUGACGCUGAGCAGGACCAGGAGAAAAUGGAGAGGGAGAAACGCAAAGAAGCUAAAGCUCAAGAAAGGAAGCUGAAACUGGAGGAGAAGCAGAAGAAGCUGGCAGCCACUGCCACGCUGCUGGAAGGCAGGAAUGCCGACGGGUUGGUCAUAGCGAGCCGCUUUCACCCGUGUCCAGUCCUGCUGGGUCUGCUGAAAUUCCUGUCUCCCUCCAGGCCUUUUGUAGUGUACUCCCAAUACAAAGAGGCUCUUAUCGAGUGUUACACAAAACUCAAGGAACGUGGCGGCACAGUCAACCUCAAAAUCACAGACACCUGGCUCAGACAUUAUCAGGUGCUGCCCAACAGGACGCAUCCUGUGCUAAUGAUGAGCGGGGGCGGGGGCUACCUCCUCUCAGGGACAACGGUUGCCGCAGACAGCUCCAAAGCUGCAGGCUCCGAGCGAGCUCAGGAACCGGCACCAAAGAGACUGAAACUGAACGAUACCGAAGGAUAAACAAGGCUACGUUAUCCGUGACUUGGAGGAGUCACCUCCAGCCUUGGCUUCCCUUUCUGCUGAACUGAGUUGACAUGUCUGGAGUAAGGGAGACAGAGUGUCUGGUUUGCAUUCAUCAGAGCACUUUCUUCCGUCUUGUGCAGUCACAUCAGGGCAGAUUAAGGUAAUGCCGAGAAGUAAACCCUUAGCCCAUGUAGGCUGUCUGACUGUAGUGUAUGUAAGGUGACAGUCUAAAACAAUCUUUUUUUUUUUUUUUUAUGCUCUCCGGCUUCUAGGUUGUAACUGUGUUUUUUAAACUUUGUUAUCCCCACAGAAAGUGCCAUUUGUUAUAUAAUCGGGUUGCUAGCGCAGCUUCACUGUGGGCUACGUCUGUAUCUGCGCCGGAUUAAAAAGCAGUUCUAACAACCCUGACGUGUGACCACUUUUUAAUCAAGAAAUAAAUGACAGGCGUUAGCUUGGUCCCAGAACAACUCCUUUUAUUGAGUGCAAACAGAACAAACUCUUUAAGAACACGUUUGAACUAUUUAGUACAUAUGUAUUAUUUUCACAAACAUCCAAGCCAUUCCCAUGCUGAUUAAUUUCAUAACAUCAAAAAUAUCACAAAAAAAGCCAUAAUAAAUAAGUUCAGAAAAUGC